UUUGCUUCGUCGGCAUCUCAAGCUCCAGUUCCACAAGGCUAUACUCAGACCUUUCAAAAUCUAAAUGCUUCGAACAAUGCGUACGGUUACAUGGGAUAUUCUGUCCUGCAAAGCUACGACACGAACGCUUGUGCGGCCAAAUGUAAUGCCAUGAAUGGCUGCAUCUCGGUCAACGUCUACUUUGAGAACUCUGGCAUUCCUGGAUGUGCCAAUCCUCCUGUUGCAACUCGGGUAAAGUGUGUAUUCUGGGGAGGACCGGUCAACGCUGGGAACGCCCUGAACUAUGGUUCGAAGCAACUUGCGGUGGCAGGGUCCAAUGGCUAUGUCAACAAUACCAUUGCCUGGGUUCCUGGCUACGGCGCACCCACGCCACUGGGUACAGCUGCUAUAAGCGCACCGCUAAACAAGUAUGGUUUUGACAGCUUCAUGGGAAGCGCCAUCUUUGUUGGGGCCUUCAAUGCCUCGCUCUGCGUAGAGGCAUGCACAGAGAAGAGCAAUUACGCAGUUACUCAUCCUCCCACCGACGGCAGUCCUGUGCAGACUUGCCAAUUCUUCAACACGUACAUCCUGUACAUCAACUCAACCAAGAAUAUUCAAGGUCAGGUUUGUGCCAUGUACAGCGAAUCUUGGCCAGCUUCCUCCGCCACCAAUCGAGGCCAGGACUAUGGAAAUGAUCAUUUCCGUCUUGAGUACAGCUUCUCUUACAGCAACGCAACCAGCCCUGGUGCCGCU